AUGGCGUCCCCCGACCCCGAAAAGGCGGGCUCACCCGGACAUGGCUUGGGUGGAAUGAACCACUCCCACCAAUACACCGAAAACAACGGGAUGAAUACCAUCAUUGACGAAAAUGGCCACGAACAACCACCGCACCAUGGCAUGUCAAUUGGACAGUACGUCAAGACGCGAUUUACGACACUCAAGCCGGCGAUGCGACCGGCGCCCAACCCGAUACGGUUGUUGAGGAUGAUUACGGGGCGGCAGUGGGCUUUCUUUGGGGUUGCUUUCUUUGCUUGGACAUGGGACGCCUUUGACUUCUUCACCGUCUCCCUCACCGUCGAAGAGCUCGCCAAGGACUUUGGCAAGACCAACACGGACAUUACCUGGGGCAUCACGCUGGUGCUCAUGCUGCGCUCCAUUGGCGCCAUCUCGUUUGGUAUUGCGGCCGAUCGGUACGGAAGGAAGUGGCCAUUUGUGGUUAACAAUUUGCUUUUUAUUGUUUUGGAGCUGGGCACCGCCUUUUCGCAAACCUACUCCCAAUUCCUCGCUUGCCGCGCCCUCUUCGGCAUCGCCAUGGGUGGUCUCUACGGCAACGCCGCCGCCACCGCCCUCGAAGACUUGCCCCCCGCCGCCCGCGGCUUGAUGUCAGGCCUCUUGCAACAAGGUUACGCCUUCGGUUACCUUUUGGCAACCGCCUUUGCCCGCGGUCUGGUCAACACCACCUCGCACGGCUGGCGUCCGCUCUUCUGGUUCGGCGCUUGCCCGCCCGUCUUGAUUAUCGCCUUGAGACUGCUGCUCCCCGAGACGGAGAUUUACGAGCAACAUGCUUCUGUGCGACGCACUGCGCGCGCUAACGGUCACAACAAGGGUGGCGUCAGCGCAACUUUCCUGCGGGAGGGCAAGGUCGCCAUCAAGAAGCACUGGCUCAUUUUGAUCUACCUUGUCUUGCUCAUGGCAGGAUUCAACUUCAUGUCCCACGGCUCCCAAGACUUGUACCCCACCAUGCUCCGCUCGCAAUACUCGUUCAGCGCCAACGCCGUGACAGUCACCCAAGUCGUCGCCAACCUCGGCGCCAUGUCGGGCGGCAUCAUUGUCGGCUUUGCCUCGCAGAUCUUUGGUCGCCGCAUUUCCAUCAUUGUCAUGUGCAUCAUCGGCGGCGCCUUGCUAUACCCGUACACUUUCAUUUCGUCCAAGAGGCUCAUCGCCGCCGCCUUCUUUGAGCAAUUCGCUGUUCAGGGAGCUUGGGGUGUUAUCCCAAUUCAUUUGAUGGAACUGUCUCCGGGAGCAUUCAGGACGUUUGUGGUGGGUACUUCGUACCAGCUUGGCAACCUGGUGUCGAGCGCUAGUUCGACCAUUGAAAGUACCAUUGGCGAACGGUUCCCUCUCGAAAAUGGCGGCGGAAAAGUGGGGUACGAGUACGGUAAAGUUAUCUGUAUCUUUAUGGGGUGUGUGUAUGUCUAUACGAUUCUCCUGACGUUCGUGGGGCCCGAGUACUUGGGACGCAGCUUUGAUGUGAGCGAGGAUGAGGAUGUAAGGGAGGUGGCGGGCGAGGAAGUAGUGAGGGGGGCUGUUAUUGCGAGUCACAUGCAUGGACAUGGACACGGAGGGGAUGCGGAGGGGAGUGGAAGUGGAAGUGAGGGUGGGGAAGGGGUUGGUGGGAAGGCGCAGGGAAAGGAGGUGGAGGUGGCUUAGGAUGCUUAUCUUUGGGUUUUUCCUUAUUGAGCUGAGGUGUUGGGGAUGACAAAAAAGGUUUUUGAUGGCAUGUGUGAUGAAGGAAGCGAGCGCUUUAACGAUGUGGAUUUAUGAUAGUUUGGAUAUACCUUACGAAUUUAUGAUUGAUUGACGUUA